AUGGACGACCCCCAGACAGCCUUCGUCGCCCAGUAUCCCGCUUACGGUUUCGACCUCGAUAUGAUGAAGAGAUCCAUGGACGCAUCAGGUGGACCUGACGCGAAAAAGGCCCGUUGGUCUCCUACCUCCUUCGGCGCCUCGAACGGUGUAAACGGCCUAGCAGGCAACAACCGCGACGCAUUCGCUAACUACGGCUACGGCCCAAACGCAAACAUGAACCAAAAUGGGUUCAACAACUCGCCGCCGUCCAAUGGCUUUGGAGGCAACGCGCUGUACUCGACACCACAGCUCAGCAUCAACACCGCCGCGUCCGCGAACGGCGUGCAGUCGCAGAUGAGCCCAAACACCGCGGGCCCCUUCACACCCUCCCAGCAGCAGCCGUCUGCCAACGGCAACGGUAACGGUCACUACAACGCAUUCAACGGCUACAACAUGCUCGGAAUGGGCCUGCCCAACAUGGGCAUCCUUGGCGGCUUCCCGUACAACGCGCACAUGGCGAACUUUGCGCAGAACCUCGGCCAGCAGCGUCUGCCACAGUUGCAGAUCCCAGGCCCGCAGGCCGGUCCGUACUCGCCCGCCGCUCUCACCGCCGCCCUGUCGGCGCAGAACAACGCGACGGGCCGCACGGUCUACGUCGGCAACCUGCCGCCCAGCGCAUCGGUCGACGAGCUACUGAACCUCGUGCAUUUCGGACCGCUCGAGUCUGUCCGCGUGCUCCCGGAGAAGUCGUGCGUGUUCCUGUCCUUCCUCGAUGGCGCGACCGCGGCGGCGUUCCACGCGGACGCGUUGAUCAAGAAGCUCUCGCUCCACGGACAGGAGCUCAAGAUCGGCUGGGGCAAGCCGUCUGCGGUCCCCAGCCAGGUCGGUCUCGCGAUCCAGCAGAGCAACGCGAGCCGCAAUGUGUACCUUGGUGGUCUGGACGAGAACGUCACCGAGGAGCUGCUGAGGGACGACCUCAGCCGGUUCGGCCUGAUCGACCAGGUGAAGAUCGUCCGUGACAAGAACAUCGGAUUUGUGCACUUCCUGAGCAUCUCCGUGGCGACGAAGGUCGUCAACACGCUCCCUACGGAACCCGCCUGGGCGGGCAAGCGCGUAAACUACGGCAAGGACCGCUGUGCGUACAUCCCCAAGUCGCAGCAGGCCGCUGCACAAGCUGCACAGGCCGCCGCUGCCCAGUCUCUGGUAGCGCAGUCUGCGGCGGCGACGCUCUCGCCGCUCCAGCACAACGGGCCUACCUUCGCUUCGCCCCUCAGUCCCUACAUGCCGUUCACACCCGACGCGCUCCAGGGAAUGACCGGCAGCCAAGGCCUGAACCGUACGGUCUACCUAGGCAACAUCCACCCGGAGACAACAGCCGAGGACCUGUGCAACGCCAUACGUGGCGGUGUCCUGCAGAGUCUGAGGUACAUGCAAGACAAGCAUAUUGCUUUUGUGACGUUCAUCGACCCCGCGGCGGCCCUGACUUUCUUCCAAGUCGCAUCGUACCAGGGCCUGACGCUGAACAACCGUCGCCUCAAGAUUGGCUGGGGAAAGAACUCCGGGCCUCUUCCGCCUGCGCUCGCACUCGCUGUGCAUUCGGGCGCUACCCGUAACGUCUACAUCGGCAACAUCGAGGACUUUGACACGUUCAACGAGGAGAGGCUCAAGCGGGAUUUCGGGGAGUACGGCGACAUCGAGCUCGUCAACUUCCUCAAGGAGAAGAACUGCGCGUUCGUCAACUUCACGAACAUCUCGAACGCGAUCAAGGCGAUUGAUGGCAUCAAGAACAAGCCCGAUUACGCUAACCUGCGUAUCGCGCAUGGCAAGGAUCGGUGCGCCAACCCGCCGCGCUCGGGUCCGCAAGGAGGCUCCGGUGCACGUCGUUCCAACAGCGGCCACGGCCCCGCAUCGGCUGGGCCUGUCAGCGCUGUAGAGCCCCCUUCCGACGGCGAACAGUCUAUCCUCAAGGAAGAGCCUGCUGAAGUGACGAUCACUCCUGUGGAUGUCGCCGAGGGCAUGGCCGACAACUGA